AGAGAAGUAUAUUUGUUUAACCAAUUUAGUUUUUGUGUUUAUCCUUCUCAAUGAUGCUCUUCCCCUCCCGGCUUUUUUUGAGUUUUCUAGGCAAUGUGUAGUAGUAGCCUGUAGUGCUCAAUAUUUAUUCCAUUUUCACACUGCCCCUCUUGCUUAUAAAUAGGCAACACCCUUCUGGGUUUUUCUUCAUUGGUUCAACUCACUGCAGUACUAACUCGGAAAAUCAAAACAUGAGCUUUCACAACAUGCCAUGGGCUCUGGUAGUAGAACUGCGAGAAAGACGUUCGAGUUUGGAAGGACGCAUGUUGUUCGACCAAAAGGGAAACACCAGACAACCAUCGUCUGGCUUCAUGGCCUUGGUGACAAUGGUUCAAGCUGGUCCCAGCUGUUGGAAAGUCUUCCUCUUCCAAAUAUAAAAUGGAUUUGCCCCGCUGCUCCCACUCGUCCGGUGGCCGUACUAGGGGGAUUUCCUUGCACUGCAUGGUUUGAUGAUGGUGAGCUCUCAGAAGAUGGUCCGCAUGAUUGGGAAGGUUUAGAUGCUUCUGCAGCACAUGUUGCAAACUUGUUGUCAACAGAGCCAUCUGAUGUGAAGGUGGGUAUCGGAGGCUUUAGCAUGGGUGCAGCAAUGGCCGUCUACUCUGCAACUGCUUAUGCGCUUGGAAGGUAUGGAAAUGGCAACCCGUACCCCAUCAACCUAAGGGCAGUUGUCGGACUAAGUGGAUGGCUUCCUGGUUCUAGGGGCUUAAAGAACAAAAUAGAAGUAUCACGUGAAGCCGCAAGGCGUGCCGAUUCCUUGCCCAUUUUACUUUGCCAUGGAACCUGUGAUGAUGAUGUCCCCUACAAGCAUGGAGAAAAAUCUGCCCAUUCAUUGAGUGUAGCAGGAUUCCGGAACCUCACUUUUAAAACCUAUGAAGGGAUUGGUCAUUACACAAUCCCGAAAGAGAUGAACGAGGUCUGCGUUUGGCUUACAGCAAGGCUGGGGCUCGAGGGAACCCGUUAACUGUAGCAUGGCAUCAGAUUAUAGUUGAAACGAGAAACAACUGCUAAAUAAUAGUGGCGGAAAAGGAGAACAAGCUGCAUAUGAAUUAACUACGUAGUUAACAAAAUGGGUUGCUAGGGUAUAUUGUAUAGUUGAACUAGCCCUUAUAGAAUCCCUUAAUGUCUUAUUACAUGUUCCUGAAAAUAAAGUUUUGAAUGCAAUUUUCAGUUUAAAA